UUCCCAGGGAAAGCGGCCGGUCGUCCCCACGAGCAGCCGCCUGCCUUUUGUUUGUUUUCCUGCCGGAGGCUGGAGAGCGGCCGGGUCCCUGCUGCUCCACCAUGCGCCGCGCGGCCCGUGCCACUCGCCGGACCUCCCGGGCGUCCCUGCACGGCCCCCUCGGGCUGUCCUAGCAGGGAUCGCCCCCAUCCCCGGUGCCCGAGCGCACAGCUGCGCCCCACUCGCCGAGGAGCUGCGCUCGCCGCAGGGGCGGGCCCCCGCCUGUGUUCGCGGCGCCAGAAGAAGACUGAUCUUUGAAAAUAUGUAUUUGGGAGAUAGUCACGUUCUAUUGAAUACCUUGUGCUGGUGCUGCCAUCGAAAAAUCUGGUUACACUCCGGGGAGGCCUGCUGCCACUGCAGGACUGAACCGCCUCGGCCCUGAGAUGAGUGUCCGGCCUGAGCGGGCACACCAUGAAUAGAUACACAACAAUCAAGCAACUCGGGGAUGGAACCUACGGUUCCGUCCUGCUGGGAAGAAGCAUUGAGUCUGGGGAACUGAUUGCUAUUAAAAAAAUGAAAAGAAAGUUUUAUUCCUGGGAGGAAUGCAUGAACCUUCGGGAGGUUAAGUCCUUAAAGAAGCUCAACCAUGCCAAUGUAGUAAAAUUAAAAGAAGUUAUCAGGGAAAAUGAUCAUCUUUAUUUUAUCUUUGAGUACAUGAAGGAGAACCUUUACCAGCUCAUUAAAGAAAGAAAUAAGUUGUUUCCUGAGUCUGCUAUAAGGAAUAUCAUGUAUCAGAUAUUGCAAGGACUCGCAUUUAUUCACAAACACGGCUUCUUCCAUCGGGACUUAAAGCCUGAGAACCUCCUCUGCAUGGGACCAGAACUUGUGAAAAUUGCAGACUUUGGAUUGGCCCGAGAAAUCCGAUCACGACCUCCAUACACAGACUAUGUAUCUACCAGAUGGUAUCGGGCUCCAGAAGUGCUCCUGCGGUCCACCAACUACAGCUCCCCCAUUGACAUCUGGGCCGUGGGCUGCAUCAUGGCCGAAGUGUACACCCUCAGGCCACUCUUCCCUGGGGCCAGUGAAAUUGAUACCAUCUUCAAAAUUUGCCAGGUGUUGGGGACACCAAAGAAGACUGACUGGCCUGAAGGCUACCAACUUUCAAGUGCAAUGAACUUCCGCUGGCCCCAGUGUGUACCCAAUAACUUAAAGACCCUGAUUCCAAAUGCUAGUAGUGAAGCAAUUCAGCUCCUGAGAGACAUGCUUCAGUGGGACCCCAAGAAACGGCCAACAGCUAGUCAGGCACUUCGAUAUCCUUACUUCCAGAUUGGGCACCCCCUGGGCAGCACCACACAGAGCCUUCAGGAUUCAGGAAAAGCACAGAAGGACAUCCUGGAAAAGGCAGGCCCACCUCCUCACAUGAAGCCGGUCCCUCCUGCCCAGCCCCCAGCCAAGCCACACACGCGGAUUUCUUCCAGGCAGCAUCAAGCCAGCCAGCCUCCUCAGCAUCUCAUCUGUCCCUACAAAGCAGGGGUUUCCAGGGCAGAUCACCCGAGCCAUCUCCCGGAGGACAAGCCAAGCCCGUUUCUCUUCCCGUCCCUCCACACCAAGAAUCCUCAGCCGAAAAUCCUAGCUGGCCUGGAGCACAAAAAUGGUGAGAUCAAGCCAAAGAGUAGGAGGCAGUGGGGUCUCGUUUCUAGGUCAACAAAGGAUUCCGAUGAUUGGGCCAACUUGGAUGACCUGGACUUCAGUCCCUCCCUCACCAGGAUUGACCUGAAAAACAAGAAGAGACAGAGCGAUGAGACUCUCUGCAGAUUUGAGAGUGUUCUGGACCUGAAGCCCUCUGAGCCCGUGGGCACAGGAAACAGUGCCCCAAUCCAGACUUCAUAUCAGAGGCGAGACACGCCAACCCUGCGAUCUGCGGCCAAGCAGCUCUACUUGAAGCACUCGCGAUACUUGCCUGGAAUAAAUAUAAGAAACGGCAUGCUCUCGAAUCCAGGCAAGGAUUUUAUUCCAUCUAAUCCAUGGUCUAGUUCUGGUUUGUCUGGAAAAUCUUCAGGAACGGUGUCGGUAAUCAGCAAAAUAAACUCAGUUGGUUCUGGCUCUACAAGUUCUAGUGGACUGACUGGAAACUACAUCCCUUCCUUUCUGAAAAAAGAAAUUGGUUCUGCUAUGCAGAGGGUGCACUUGGCACCUAUCCCAGACCCUUCGCCUGGUUAUUCUUCCCUGAAGGCUGUGAGACCUCAUCCUGGGCGACCUUUUUUCCACACCCAGCCUAGAAGCACUCCUGGGUUGAUGCCCCGGCCUCCGGCCGCCCAGCCGGUGCACGGACGGACGGACUGGGCCUCCAAGUACGCGUCUCGGCGAUGACUGUCAUGAAGCCCUUUGUAGGGAAAGCAGGACACUGUCCCUCAGCCCACUGGUUCUACCUGCAAGAAACUUUCAAGUGGUACAAAAGCAAACAAAUACUUUACAGUUACCUUCUGAACUAAGACAUUUCAAUAUUCUUUAAAAAAUUUGUUUUUAAAUAUUGAUUUGAAUGCAAUACCCUUUUUUUGUACAAAAUUAUUUUAUUCUAAAACUGGGUCCCAUUAUUUUCUUAAGCAGUAGCAUUUUGUAUAUAUGGAUUAUGUUUUAGCAUUUUAUACAGUCAACUUUGUAAUGAACUUUUUAAAGAUUAAUUGGUUUUCUUUUGAGGUUCCAGGUAUUUUAUACAGAUUUUUAAAAACGUAAUAAUAUUGAUGCAGUAUUGCAACAGGGGUACAAUUUAAAGCUAUGUGAUAAAGGGUUAUUUACUCAACGUGUGGGGAUAUUUGUGAAGUGCUUAAAUUUUAAAUGUGGCACAUCAGGUACUUUCAGCUUUCUGGGACUGAUAUCAGCACUAGAAAAAUGAUCUGCUUUUCUCAAUAUCAUGUUAUUGGUUUGAUUUUUUGAUACCACUGUGCUGUUCUAAAAGUACUAUUAUGUAAUUCACUUUCUUCUGUUCUUGUUCCCCAGAUGAAAGAACUCUUAAGUAAAUACUUUUUGACAUUUUUACAAUACCCUUUGUGGUGGUUGGAGAUAUCCAGGAGAAACCUAGAGUUAUAUGCUAUGCCAUCACAUUCUAUUUUCUUCCAUUUAUGAAAUCAAAUUGUAUAAGUACCCACAAAAGGGAAGCCUUUCAACCAAAAGGUUCUCCACAUAAAGGUUAACACAGUCAAUUAAACUUAUAUCCCUACCAAGAUGCAUGACCAAAAAGCUGUUUCAAAGCAGCAGAAGAUUUUUAUAUAAUAACUGAUAGAAUUUUGCAUUCAGCUCAGUUCUCCAGGCCUGGCUGGGAACAGACAAUGAAUAAUCUUCUGUCCUAGCCAAAUUCUCAGGGCAAUUUGGGAAGCAGAAAAGAUGUAUGGCAGAUGUUCACUUAUCUGGGAAGUCACGGUUACCGUGAUGUUAGUGUCCAUGGAGUGCCACAUUUGAACUCUUAACCCUUGUGUAGUUUCUUUCAACAGUGAGAACUCUGUUGGGCAGAGGCUGUCCCAUUGAGAGGAAUGUUUACAGCAAUUCUGAAAAUGACAAAGCUAGUUUGGAGAUAGAAAAAAACAAAAGGUCCACUUUCAUCCAUCUCUUUGGGGCACAAAUUUGCCUCCACUCAUGGUUACCUGAAAGGCAAGGGGAAGGUCACCACUGGUGAAUAUGAUAUAAUCGCAAUAGUGUAUUGACUCACAUUCUCUCAAGGCAUUUGGUUCCAGGUUCCAGGAUAGAGCAAGUUGACCCAUAUGAAAUUGUCAUUUUUGUAGGUUAAAAUGAAUAUUGGCACUUGGACAUGGUUCAGCGUAAUAAAGUUGGUAAAUUAUUGCUUUGAGGUAUUAAUAAUACGUUGCAGCCUGAACAAAUCGCUGUGGCUCCCAGAGAGCCUGAACCUAAAAUCAGGGAGUAUUUCUGCUUUGGAGAAUCUGGCUCAAAAAUGUAUUUGACCAAGCACUAGAGGCAUGAGGAAAGCACAUAACGGAUGUGGAUUUGAUAAGUAAUAUUUUCCUGUUAACAAACUGGCGGCAAAGCUUCAGAAAAUAAAUAUGUAUAUGUACGCACAA